UUUCCAGACAGAGAGUCAGAGGAUCCACACAGUGCACACGGUGAUUGGUCAGUAGCACCACAGAUACAGAGCUGAAACAUCAGGAAUACAUCAGAGGAGAUGGCGUCAGUCACAGCAACUCUCAUCUCGGUUCUCUUCUUUUUCUCAACACACUCCGCCUCAGGCUCCUAUCCCAAAGCACAGAAUGUCACUUGGAAAUCAACCAACUUUAAAACCAUUUUGUCCUGGGAACCGAAACCAUCAACCGAUUAUUCCUAUACUGUGGAGUUCUCAGCGGUUGGUGGGGGCCAACGGAGGAACCCUCACUGUAUCCGGUCCUCAGCAGCAGUGUGUGAUCUGUCCAGCUCUCUUAAUGACGUGAAUGCCUGCUACAUUGCUGACGUCCUGUCUCAACCGCCGCUGGGGGCCACCACUGACCUCAUUGAGUUCCCUUCCACCAGCUCACCACGGUUCUGCCCCUACAAAGACACUGAUAUAGGCAAACCUAACUUCAAGCUGGAGGUGAAUGAAGACAAAAAGAAAACCACCCUGUAUGUGACUGACCCACUCACCGCCCUGUUUAAAGAUGGCCACCAGCUGAACAUAAGGGAUAUCUUUGCUGACCAGCUGCAGUAUAAAGUCACCUAUCGGAAAAAUAAAAGCACCGGAAAGAGAGUCUACAACUCUAAGUCCAAUAUAAUAGAACUGCCUCGUCUGGACAAAGACGAGAGCUACUGUUUCAAUGUCCAGGCUUACAUCCCCAGCCGCACUAUUGACAAGCAGCUGGGAGAGCUGAGCCAGACCCAGUGCUCCCAAGACAACAACCCAAAUAUCUUUGAAGUGUAUUCAGUUGGUGUGAUUGCUGCUGCCAUCUUCCUCAUCCUGCUACUGAUCGGCAUUAUCAUUGCCAUUGCAGUGGUCUGUUGCAAGCGGAGGAAGAAAGCUCAGAGAGGAGAAAAAGAAGGAGUGCCACUACGGCAUGUAGUGGAUGUAUAGUGUGUGUGUAGUUACACACACUAUGUGCACAUGCACACUCAUGCACAUAUAUUAUUAUGGGAACAUGCGGUACAGCUGAACUGGAUUGAGGCGCGCAAGGAAAGUAGUAGUUCAAAGUUCCACUGUCAAACACUGGAAUCAACCCUUCCUUUAGUUUCUGUGAAACUAGAUGUGUUGAACUUAUUAUUUUCUUACUUUAUCAUUUCAUGCUGCAAAAAAGAAAAGAUGGAAACACUGAACACUGAUAGUCAUCUUACUGAACCUAUUAUAUUCCAUUUCUUUUCUUUGGUAUGUGCUUAAUGGUAUUUGAUAAUUGUAGAUGAACACUACCAUUUGAUUUUAUUUAUUGCAUUUUAUAUAGACCUUUCUAACUUUAAAGGAUAGUCAUGACAAGGUAUUAUUUUAAUCUGGUGAAAGCAACACUUUAUGGGAAAUCAAGACUUUGUAUAUAUUUUUCUAUCUGAUGCUUAAUUUAUUGUCGAUAAAAUUAACAUAUUUGUAUAUGAUGCUCUUGUUAUACAUCUGCUUUUUGCAGAUAAUUUAGUAUUUGAAGUGAAUAUUCAGGUUUUUAAUAAAUAUUGUUAUGAAUACAA